AUGUACAAUGGCUGCAAUGGAAACGGUAAUCGCUUCGAGACCGCCGCUGAGUGCAAAAAUCUUUGCGUGAACGGUAAUGGGGCAACUCAACCCCAACGUGACGACACGGCAUCUCUUCACCAGGCAAUGCAAGCGGCCUGCCAAGGCGAGUAUGCCGUUGCUCACUUGACACCUCAACAGUGCGGCGGAAACGGUCAACAGUGUCCAACAGGAUAUCAGUGCACCUCCGAAUUCUGCUGUCCUACUCCAGAUUACCUCUGCAACCUUCGUUAUGAUUCUGGUAAGUUCGCUGUUGGCGGUGAGAAAAGCGAUCGUUACUUCUACACCAGUGAAUACAGGACCUGCAUGAGAUUUUCCUUCUAUGGGUCCACUCGGUAA